AACGCGUGCGUUCAAAAUUACCGAUAUGGUGGAGACUCUGGUUUAAACGGGUUCGCGCAAUUUAGGGUUUUGCCCGCCAUUGUUUUUACGGAGUGGAGCUUGCUUCUACUAUGAGGAGGUGGUGCCCUUCUUCUCUCAUCAAAUGUGCACUUCGAAGCCCUAAUUUGUUUAUUGAACGAUCGAGAAACCUUCGAGUGAUUCUUCAUGGAUCCGAUCUCUCCUCCUCGUCCUGCUUCCGCAGGUCUCCUGUUAUUGGGUCCUGGUCGACCGAUCCUUCCCCUCUCUCGGUUUCUCCUUCUCAUUUGGAGGCUUCUGGGAAUUGUGAUUUCCGUGAUUGGAAGCGAAAAUACGGCGAUUCCUGCGGUUUACCUGGCACAGCAUUGGAAAAUUUGAGAUUUUAUCCCACUUCUUCUUCGGGGUCUCCUUCGCCUUUGGCGUCGACAUUUUUGAGUUUGUAUUCUCGUUCGCUUUGGUCGCGAAGACAGGAACGCGAUUCCAGGGUACGAUCCAGAGGGUUAUCGAGCGCUGUGGAACAGUCAUCGGAAACAAAUGCGACGACUACCGCCGGAGGUGAGGUUAGCCAGAAAGUUGUGGAGAUCGUCGAUGAGGUUACUGGGCUCACAUUGAUGGAAAUCGCUGAUCUUACGGAGGUUUUGAGAAAGAAAUUUGGCGUCGACGAGAUGCCGAUGAUGGACGUGAUGAUGCCGGGGAUGGGCAUGGGUGGCGUGGGAGGAGGCGCCCGUGCUGGCGGUGCUAAAGCAGAGGAGAAGAAGGCUGAGAAGACGGCAUUCGAUCUGAAGUUGGAGAGCUUCGACGCGGCUUCGAAGAUCAAGAUCAUCAAGGAGGUGAGAACGUUCACUGAUUUGGGUCUCAAGGAAGCCAAGGAUUUGGUGGAGAAGACGCCGACAUUGUUGAAGAAAGGGGUCUUGAAGGAAGAGGCUGAGAAGAUCAUAGAGAAGAUGAAAGCAGUAGGUGCAAACGUCGUAAUGGAAUGAGGAGAAGUCUGCGUUUUCUUUUUGGGGUUUCAGGAGGAGGAAUGCAUGGUUGAAAGAGAACACCACAGGACUUAGAUCUAUUGAAGCCACCAAGUUGGAUUCUGUUCAGCAUCGCCUAUGUUGAUUUAAUUCACCUCUGCAUCUCCACUUUAUCUUAAGUUUUGGGCUCGAGAAUAACAAAUCAUCUCUUGAUUAAAGCAUGCAAAUGACAAACUUUUGAUUUGAACAGCAAGAGUUGGUUGGGCUGCGUCUUCGGUUGCUGAUUUGGUUCCCUUGCAUCUUUUGCAUUGGACGAGAGAGAGAGAGAGCGAGAGAGACAGGGAGAGAGAGAGAGAGAGCGAGAGAGACAGGGAGAGAGAGAGAGGGAAUACAUAACCUGUUCUCUAUGUCUUGAGAAUUGUUCCACACAAAUAUUGUUUAUGCCCCUAGAUGGCUUAAACUAUUGGCUUUAAGAUUUUUGGUUAAUGUACCUAGUAGUUUGUGGUUA